UCCACCAGGGUUCGUCAGUGUACCGGCAGCCACAGCCGGGGAGAUAAGUGUGUGUCGCUCCUGCAGCCAUGUCCCGGGUAGCUAAACGGUUCUAUCGCGUUGACAGCCUCCAUGGCUUGGACAACCUGGACAAGGGAGAACUGGCGUCGGAGGAGAACCGAUGGGUGUUCGAAGUCAGUCACGAAGCCGCCAACAAAGUUGGCGGCAUCUACCAGGUGAUCAGGAGCAAAUGCACCGCCUCGGUGGAGGAGCUGGGGGACCAGUACAUCCUGCUGGGGCCCUACAAGGAGACCAGUGUGAGGACGGAGGUCGAGGUGGGCGAAUUUCCAUCUCACUCGCCUCUGACCUCGGCCGUGAACAACCUCCGGGCGCAGGGUUGGCGGGUGUAUCCCGGAAGGUGGCUCGUGGACGGCAACCCACAGAUCAUCCUCUUCGACAUCGGUUCCGCCUCCGUCCACCUCGACGAGUACAAGCGUGAGCUGUACGAGAACACCAAGAUCGGCAUCCCCAGCCAAGACAUCGAGUGUAAUGACUCCGUGCUCUUCGGCUUCAUGGUGGCCAAAUUCAUUGAAGAGUUCCGAAACGAAGUGGUGAAUUUCGGUGACACUCAGCCUCGGGUGUGUGUCCACUUCCAUGAGUGGCUGGCGGGCGUGGGGCUCAUCACUCUCCGGAUGAGGAACAUCGAUGUGGCCACUGUCUUCACCACACACGCAACGCUCCUCGGCAGGUUUCUCUGUGCAGGCGCUGUUGAUUUCUACAAUAAUUUGGAUAAGUUUAACAUAGACGAGGAAGCAGGGAGGAGAGGCAUCUACCACAGGUACUGCAUGGAGAGGUGUUCAGCUCACCUGGCCCACACCUUCACAACAGUCUCAGAGAUCACAGGCAUUGAGGCGGAACACCUUUUGAAGCGCAAGCCCGACAUCAUCACACCAAACGGCCUCAAUGUUAAAAAGUUCUCAGCCAUCCACGAAUUCCAGAACCUCCAUGCCCUGUCCAAAGAGAAGAUCAAUGACUUCAUUCGAGGACAUUUCUACGGACACAUGGAUUUUAAUCUGGACAACACUCUCUACUUCUUCAUCGCCGGUCGAUAUGAGUUUGGCAACAAGGGUGCCGACCUCUAUAUUGAGGCUUUGGCCAGACUCAAUCACUACAUGAAGGCUAGUGGAACAGAUAAAACUGUGAUUGCAUUUAUGAUCUUCCCAGCAAAGACCAACAAUUUCAAUAUAGAGUCUCUGAGGGGACAGGCUGUCACCAAGUCUUUACGGGACGCCAUACAUGACAUCCAGGCCAAGAUUGGCAAGCGCAUGUAUGAUAUCUGUCUGAGUGGUCGUCUUCCCGAGUCUGAAGAACUGUUGCUCAAGGAGGAAACUGUAAGAUUGAAGCGGUGUAUCUAUGCUUCCCAGAGGAAGACUUUGCCACCCAUCACCACCCACAAUGUGUGUGACGAUGCUGUGGACCCAGUGCUCAGUGCCCUCCGCAGAUGUAGACUCUUCAAUGAUCCCCAUGACAGAGUUAAGGUAAUAUUCCAUCCGGAGUUCUUGUCUGUGACCAAUCCCCUGUUUGGGAUGGACUAUGAGGAGUUUGUGAGAGGCUGCCACCUGGGUGUGUUUCCCUCUUACUAUGAGCCGUGGGGCUACACACCUGCUGAGUGCACAGUGAUGGGCAUUCCCUCCGUAACAACCAACUUGUCUGGCUUUGGGUGUUUCAUGGCAGAACACAUCGCAGACCCCAUGAGCUACGGCAUCUACAUCAUUGACCGACGUUACAUUGGCCUCGAGGAGUCUGUCAGACAGCUUGCCCAGAAUUUGUAUGAAUUUGUACAACUGAACCGUCGCCAGAGAAUCAUUCAGAGGAACAGGACAGAGAGACUCUCGGAGCUGCUGGACUGGAGGAUACUUGGCAGUUAUUACCGUCAGGCCCGUCAACAUUCCUUGGGUGUGAUGUAUCCUGAGUUGGCCAACCGGGAGGAAGCCUCGGGCGCAGGACGCCUCAACUACCCUCGACCUCUCUCUGAACCUCCUUCUCCCACCUCCUCCCGAGCCACCACCCCGGCACCCUCAGAAGUGGGCUCUGAUGAAGAUGAGGACAGCGUUGACAGUGAGGCAGAACUGGAGGAGCUUGGCGUGGCCAGUGUGAAUGGCAGUACCGUCAGCAGCAGGUAGAGGUAGUUUAACAUCCUUGGGAGUAAACCAGAUCCAUGCCGGCAAUGCUACAACAUGUGGCUGUUGGAUUGGUAAGGCAGGACAUUGUGUCUCCUUGAGAGCUAUAGUGCAUUACCACCUACAUUCUGAAAACUUGGUUGUAAUCUUGUUCAAAUUGCUUGUAUAUUCAUACCACACUAAUAAAUGAACUGUGUGAUGUAAUUCAACAUUUUCUUGAUGCUGUACAGAGGUUUAUGUGGAGUUUUUGGUCAUAAAAAGAAUACUAGUAAUUUAUUAUUUAGAAACUCUUUGAUUUCUUAAACGAUGUGAUGAUUCGUUCAUCCAUUAUUCACCUGCAUUUUUUAAAAAUUCCUUCUAAUAUUGCCCAAAUAGGUGAUAUUUAAUGUGCUUUGAAGUAUUGGGGUGAGAGAGAGAGAGAGAGAGAGAGAGAGAGAGAGAGAAAAUAAUAAAAAAGGCAAAAUAAUGAAACUAAGUAUUUAGGUAAAGUGUGUGAGAAAAUAUGCUGCCGUAUUUGCUUUUUUUUGGGGGGGUGGGGGUAUAGAAGACAAAGCUUUUAUAAUAAACAAAAACAUGCCACUUAUAUUAUGCUCCUACAAGGAAAACAGAUCCCAAACAAAAUCAAAAUCAAUCAAAUUUAGAUCUAUAGUAAUUCAGUGUCAUUUGAAGGAAGGGGAGAAUCUGAGGCAUCAUAAUUAUGUACUGAAACCAGACAAGUCAGGAACAAAGGCUACCGGGUCCAGGUGGUGUGCAGGCUCUGCCCGUUCUCUUACACGUUGACAAGAUAGUUAUGUUCUUUCCACCAUCAUGUUUGUGCCAAAUGUUCAUCCAAGAAUAACUAAAUAUGGACAUCCUUCUUAUCUGAAAAACAUAACUUCACAGUGUUAAGAGGAGAGAUUUAUUUACAUUUGGCUUUCCAUUUUUGGUUUUCACGUUGGUUUAAUUUUAUGGCAUUUUGUUGAACUGCUUUGAGUAGCUGGACUACAACCUUUGACUUAUCCAUUCUCCUGAUCCUGAUAAGGUACUCACGUUUUAUAGUGUGUUUGAGCCACCUUUACACCACCAUAACAUGACUACUUGAUCCUCAUAGCAACAUUAGCUUGUGUACUGCCCAUACAUUGCAACUCUUUACCCUAUACUGUGGAUCCUCCCAUCCCUUGCCCCCCCUCCUGUGAAAGCUUAUACUCUAUGCACUAAGUUGGGCUAAUCUUAAAUAUACUGUAACAGAUUAUGGCUACAGCCUUCUCUUAUAACUUAUACAAUCAUUAUUUUUCUCCCCUCACUGUUUGAUGUAAAUUAUUAUUGCCAUAACCAUCUGUCACCUGUUCAGCAAAGUCCCUUCACUAGUUCUCAUAAUACAUGUCACUGUAUGGUACAGGAAUCCACCCAACUGACGUAGUAGUGAAAAAAACUCGUAAAUAAUUUUCAGCGCUGUAGUGUAUGAUGCAGUAUUCUUGUAAUGAUGACAAAGCAUGAUGAUUAUGUGUAUUUGCAUCAGUGCCUCUCCUCUGCUAGCUAAAGCAGAUGUUUUUGGCAUUUGUAGUUUUUUAAAUGCUUAUUAAUGUUCAAUGUCUCUCCAAUAUUGCUAUUGAAAAUAUUCUAUUUCAGCUUCACACACACACAUACACACCACUUCAUGGGUCAAUAGAAAAUGCACUUGACUGUUGCUUGGCAGGCUGAGGUUUAUCCCUUGCUCAAGUGGAGAAUUUUUUUGCCAGAAGGGACAGUUACCCUUUGAGCAAGGGAGAUAGGUUCGUGUGGUCUGUAAGGUCCCAGUUGUAACAAUAGAUUGGUCCAAUGAGCUCAAGACAGUUCCUGGAAAGGUACUGGGUGGUGUAAAGGAGUCCAGUAUGUGAUCAGACACACACACAAACACAAACUCACACAAUUUUAAUUAUGCAAUAGAUAAUUCAGAAUAUAAGCUCUGUUUAAUUUUUGAACAAAUGGGAGGACAAUAGCUUAUGCCUCAUCAUGUAAAAUUUUAUAACUGAGAAUUGCAGUGUUCCCCUAUUUGUCGCAGGGGUUACUACAUUCUUGACAUCCCCGUGAAUGACCAAAACCAUGGAUACUCCCACCACUUUUAAGCUUGGCCAAUAUCAACAAUUUUCUCUGUUUCUCUUGGACACUUUGCCAUUUUUUCUAUUAAUACAUAUUUGUCUUGGAUGUGACUGAACUACAUCUGGGAGCCAUGUGGAAAGCAUGUGAUGAGGACGAUGAAAAUAAUAGCAACAAUGAUGACUGUUUAGGAUGCCACAUGACUGAGGAGUUGGGCGGCAGCAGUGGUGGCAUGGCUCCUUGUAGCCUUGGGUUUGUUUACACGUGGUGGGAAUCUCAAGUUUAUGCCAUACAUUUAAAAAUAUUUCAUAUCUCCUUUUUCCAUUUUAACUUGCAAAUUAUUAAAUCCACAAAUAAGAAAUCUGUGAGUAAAAGGGGAACACUGUUAGAUUCAUUGUGGUUGUUCAAAAAAUGACUCGCUUUGCUUCUGUAGCCAGAUGUCAUGUUUGAAAUGAUCUCGCUCAUGAGACUGCAUAUGUUGAUUGCCACCUCUUGGUAAUGUGUAUAUUCAGGACUCAUAUGCAGGAUGUUUGAACCUCUCUGUGAAGAGAAUCAUAUGUAACCUUAAACCCAUAACUGGAGGAUUAUAGUUUUUAUGCUUGGAGGAAAAUAUAAAUAAUGUGCUGAUUUUGCCAAAAUUUUGUUAAUACUAUGCAGAAAAAUAUUUUCUUCAAUUAAUACCCAACUAAUUAUCAUGUCUUGUGACUUUCUCUUUUAUAAACAAUUAUUUAUCUUACAAACAAGCCAGCACACACACAUUUGUAAUGAAUUGAACUUUUACAUGAGUCAGUUAAAUAUGUAGGUUGUAGUAUUGGGACAACAUUAAAUAAGUAUGUAUGUGGUAUGAAAUAUCGAAUUAAGGUUUGGUUAAAAAAAAGGAAAGAAAUCAAGAUGUAGAUGUACUCAGCAGAUUGAAUGAAGGUGAACUAGCGACACACAAGACGCUCACUGACAGACUUGCCCCGGCAGCCUCUGAUGCUGUAGCUGGUCUGUUGACAUCUACCUCUUGAGAGACGAUUCUCUUUGCAUCUGACUGCAUCUCGUGGGGUCUUGAGUAGCCUGGUCAGUUAGUGUACUGACAAAAAUACAAGAUGAGCCAUUAACGAGUUAUAAGGUGCCAUAUUAUACUGUGUGUUGACAGUUCAUCUAAUUAUGUUACCAUUUAUAGUGGUUGAAUAGACAUCGUAAAGUUUAGUGGUUGAAAAUAGUGUGAAACUGAAAUAUCUAUCUGUAUCAUAGUAUGGUGAAUGGACUUAUUCUUGACAUUGAGAAUGUUUUAACUCCUUGCUGGCAAAUAGAAUGUUAUAUUGGACUAAAGUGGAUUCAGGCAUGAUGUUAUAUAGGAAUACUGUUCCUCUGGGGUAAAAAUUAUUAAUAUUAUCUUUAGCUAAUUAGAUUGUUGAUGAAAAAUACUCUGCCAGAAAAUGCACUUUUUCCUCUGAGGGUAAAAUAACAUUUGGAGUGUCACAUGUUUGCACAUCAAGAUUUUAAGCUGGUGUUUUUUGGGAUUUAAACUUGUACACAUUAAAACACUUGUAUGAUUUUCUUCGGGUAUAACACAGUUCCUCACUUUAGCUCCCAGCUAAUGAGAAGUCAUUCUAGUGUGUAAAGGGUUACAUGUAAAUGAAAAUCUGCAAGGUGAGAUGGUGUAGUGGUAAUGAAAGUAGUGCACAAUGAGGGAAGACUGAUCGGUGAAGUGUGUCUGUGAGGAGGAUGAAAGGUUUUUAUAAAUGAGUUGGUAAUGACUGUUGGACGUCAUUAUUAUUAUUAUUUUUUUGGGUAGGAAUAACGUGUUACUACUACAUGAGACUGGUCUAUUGCAAUACAUUUCAUGACACAUAGUUUGAAUACCUGCAUUGCACAACAUUGUUAGAAAUGUCUAGUCUUGCAAUUUAACUGCAGAUUCAUAUAUUCAGUGGUGAUGCAAUUUGACAUGUACUUCAACCACAUUAUUCUUACACUUGUCAUGGUCCAUACCUCUGCUUUUAGUCCACAGGUCCAUCACUCUGUCUUCAAUCUGUAGCAUACAAUGUACAUAAAAGUAUACUUCUGUGAUGAUGGUUGUAAGAUCAGUCUGAAAAUAAUUAAAUAGUUUAAAUGAA